AUGUGCACUGAAGUGGCAAUGUGCACUGAAGUGGCAAUGUGCACUGAAGUGGCAAUGUGCACUGAAGUGGCAAUGUGCACUGAAGUGGCAAUGUGCACUGAAGUGGCAAUGUGCACUGAAGUGGCAAUGUGCACUGAAGUGGCAAUGUGCACUGAAGUGGCAAUGUGCACUGAAGUGGCAAUGUGCACUGAAGUGGCAAUGUGCACUGAAGUGGCAAUGUGCACUGAAGUGGCAAUGUGCACUGAAGUGGCAAUGUGCACUGAAGUGGCAAUGUGCACUGAAGUGGCAAUGUGCACUGAAGUGGCAAUGUGCACUGAAGUGGCAAUGUGCACUGAAGUGGCAAUGUGCACUGAAGUGGCAAUGUGCACUGAAGUGGCAAUGUGCACUGAAGUGGCAAUGUGCACUGAAGUGGCAAUGUGCACUGAAGUGGCAAUGUGCACUGAAGUGGCAAUGUGCACUGAAGUGGCAAUGUGCACUGAAGUGGCAAUGUGCACUGAAGUGGCAAUGUGCACUGAAGUGGCAAUGUGCACUGAAGUGGCAAUGUGCACUGAAGUGGCAAUGUGCACUGAAGUGGCAAUGUGCACUGAAGUGGCAAUGUGCACUGAAGUGGCAAUGUGCACUGAAGUGGCAAUGUGCACUGAAGUGGCAAUGUGCACUGAAGUGGCAAUGUGCACUGAAGUGGCAAUGUGCACUGAAGUGGCAAUGUGCACUGAAGUGGCAAUGUGCACUGAAGUGGCAAUGUGCACUGAAGUGGCAAUGUGCACUGAAGUGGCAAUGUGCACUGAAGUGGCAAUGUGCACUGAAGUGGCAAUGUGCACUGAAGUGGCAAUGUGCACUGAAGUGGCAAUGUGCACUGAAGUGGCAAUGUGCACUGAAGUGGCAAUGUGCACUGAAGUGGCAAUGUGCACUGAAGUGGCAAUGUGCACUGAAGUGGCAAUGUGCACUGAAGUGGCAAUGUGCACUGAAGUGGCAAUGUGCACUGAAGUGGCAAUGUGCACUGAAGUGGCAAUGUGCACUGAAGUGGCAAUGUGCACUGAAGUGGCAAUGUGCACUGAAGUGGCAAUGUGCACUGAAGUGGCAAUGUGCACUGAAGUGGCAAUGUGCACUGAAGUGGCAAUGUGCACUGAAGUGGCAAUGUGCACUGAAGUGGCAAUGUGCACUGAAGUGGCAAUGUGCACUGAAGUGGCAAUGUGCACUGAAGUGGCAAUGUGCACUGAAGUGGCAAUGUGCACUGAAGUGGCAAUGUGCACUGAAGUGGCAAUGUGCACUGAAGUGGCAAUGUGCACUGAAGUGGCAAUGUGCACUGAAGUGGCAAUGUGCACUGAAGUGGCAAUGUGCACUGAAGUGGCAAUGUGCACUGAAGUGGCAAUGUGCACUGAAGUGGCAAUGUGCACUGAAGUGGCAAUGUGCACUGAAGUGGCAAUGUGCACUGAAGUGGCAAUGUGCACUGAAGUGGCAAUGUGCACUGAAGUGGCAAUGUGCACUGAAGUGGCAAUGUGCACUGAAGUGGCAAUGUGCACUGAAGUGGCAAUGUGCACUGAAGUGGCAAUGUGCACUGAAGUGGCAAUCAACUGA